AUUAAUUGUCUCCACCAUGUUCAAUAUCAAGAUCAGCUAUGGUAUCAUUUCAAAUCUUUUGCUGCCCUUCAAUUUGUUUAAUAGACAUAAAUGUAGGUCAUGGAGGUAUUAUAACCAGCAGACAAUGCCACAUGACCCUUAAAUGGCUUAUGUCCUAACCAAUUCGUUUUGAACCACUCACUCAUAUCUUCCAUAUACUUACUCAUCAUCUAUAUAUAUAUCUCUACACUUUGAAACCUCUAGCAAACUCAACCAUACACAGCAAUACCAUUCACUUAAACUACAGAGUUAAACCUCUCAACAUUCUUUACAUCCAAAGAAUCAGCAUGGCUAGACAUCUUGCAUCUAUUCUCACCAAGCAAAUUCUUCGCAGAUCUGCAAACAAAGCUCACUCAACAUCUUCAAAUGUGCUAAAAGGUUUCCUAGCAGUUUACGUCGGAGAGACGGAGCAAAAGAGAUUUGUAGUUCCAGUGUCCUAUCUUAAUCAGCCUGCAUUUCAAGACCUUCUAACCAAAGCAGAAGAACAGUUUGGUUAUGAUCAUCCAAUGGGCGGUUUGACAAUCCCUUGCAGAGAAGAUACUUUCAUUAAUGUCACUUCUAGCUUGAAUAGAUAAUUAGAUUCAGAUGCCAAAACUAAUGUAGUAUCACAUAGAAACAAUUUUGUUAUAGCAAAAUAACAAGUCAAUGUAAAUAUAAAAUAGUUCUUUUUAUACAGAAACAUUUUUUCUUAUCAAAUGAGGAAUGUUAUUGCAUUUUGUGAA